AUGGCAACGGCGCGCAUCCCGGCCCUGCGCAACCUCAUCGGCCGGCGGCAACCCUUCCGCCUGCCGGGCCAGCAGCGCCGCUGGGCCCAGGUCCACGAUGUACGCUUCGUAGCUACCACCCAGGCCGCCCGCAGCGUCACCGAGAAAUACCGCGACAAGCUCGACCGCAAGGCCCGCGAGGAAGGCCUACGUGACAUCGGCGAGCUAAAAGAAGCGUAUAAAGACCGCAUCCAGGAGCUUAAGAAGAAAGAUAGCGCCUCGAUUCCCGGGCUCGAUGCGCUGCUUGCGGAUGAGCCGGCGCCGGUGCAGACGACACAGGUUGGGGAUGGGAUUGCACAGAAACCACCACCCCCGCCCCCGCCGCCGCAAUCACAAGUCCCACCCGUUGGCACGGGAAGCACAAACGCCGCUGUAAAACCCCUCUCCGAAAUCCUCGACCUGCCGAAAGCCCGCGCGCUUCCCGAGAAGGAACUCGGCGCAAUAUGGCGGCUCCGCCACGCCUCGUCGCCGAACUCCCUCUGCGCGGUCAUCCCCACGGCCACCUACGCGACCCUAGAGGCGACGGCGCGCCGCCACCCUUCCUUCGUGCUCCCGGUGCCCCGGGGCGCAGACGUCGGGGCGGAGAUCCACUUCCUGCAGUGGGUGUUCGACGGGCCGUCGCGGACGGCCACCGUGCUGUUCACGCAGCUGGCCGAGUACAAGGCGCGCGGGGAGUGGGCGCAGCCGCACACGAGCGUGACGCAUUACGUCGACGACGGGCUGGCGGGGGUGCUGAUGGUGGGGAGCGUGGUGGAUGGGCGGGGGGCUAGCGUCCAGGAUGCGAAGUGGCUUGUUAUGCUCAUGCAGAGGUUCUACGGCGGGGAGGGGACUGGGGGGGAGAGGGACGAUGGGAAGAGGCGGUUGUUGGAGGAGUUUGGACGGGGGGAUGGUAAGUUUAGCGUUGAGAGGCUGUUGGAGGAGAGUGAGAAGUUGGGUUGA